AACACUGACUGGCAACGUUGGGCAAAUGUGUGAAUGUAAAUUUGCUGUAAAUUCGAAGCCAAUUUUGUAUGUAAGAAAACUUGUGUAUUUCUGUUUUAAAAAUGUCAUAUCCUCCUUCAGAAGGACAGUUUAGUUAUCAAAGAGCUUAUCCUCCGUCUGAUGAACAAAAUCUUUAUCCACCAGCGCCUAUUGGUUUUCAAAAUUUUAUACCACUAACUCCAAGCAAUCAACAAAGCUACGAACAGACACCUUACUAUCCUCCGACAUCGUCUGUUUCCUAUCCUGGCACGCCUGAGCCGGGAUAUGAUAGACCACAACCGAAGGAAGACACCUCGAACCCAGAAAUUGGUUUUAAAGAAGCAAUUUAUCCAGCAGAUCCCAAAAUUGAAGCGAACGUUGAUGUGAACGAGCCUGUGAAUGAGGGAGAUCAACAACUGUCAGAUGAUGCAGCUUCUCGAAUUAAAUCAUCAAAGCAGCUAUGUUUUCUUGAUGAAAAAAGAAGAAUUGAUUAUGUCCUUGCAUAUGAAGAACAUUCUGAUAAAUCAACUGAAUGGCAGGAAAAAAGAAAAGAGAAACGAAAGCAUUUUGAGGCACAUCUGAAGAAGCAAGGAUUGCAGCUUGAACAAGAAGAUUUUGAGGCAUCAAUGGACAACAAGACAGUUUACAUCAAGAUUCACGCUCCUUGGGAUGUUUUGGCAAAAGGAGCAGAAGAAUUGAUGAUGAAAAUGCCAACAUUUGAAAAUGAUUAUGACGAUAAAGGUUGUAUUGAUAAACUGUUGGGAUAUUUUCAAAUUAAUAAUCCUUUUGAAAUCAGCAAAACUGAGGUGCCUGUUGCGGUAAACUACUUCACAUGUGCCUUCAAAAGAGAUAAAAUAGAAAAUUUUAAAGGUCAUGAAGACAAAGAAACAUUUUUCACCAACAGUCAAAGAAGUUUUAUUGUUUAUCACAUUUUAAAAUCAACACCUUAUGACGAAGAAAACCAAAAAAUUGGUAUUGAUCGAUUGGUUUCUAACCUUUCAUACUCUGCUGCUUACCCACUUCACGAGGGGUAUCACAAGCCUUCGUCUGAUUCAAAACCCACAGAAAGACAGAUCCUAUACAAUGUUUGGGGAAAGUUUAGAAGAUUUUACAAAAGACAGCCUUUUAAUUUGAUCAGAAAAUACUUUGGAGAAAAAAUCGGAAUAUAUUUUGCAUGGCUUGGUUUUUAUACCAUUUUCCUGUUUCCUCCUGCCAUUAUUGGUAUUAUCAACGUUAUAUACGGUUUGGCUCGUUUUGGAGAUUAUACACCAUUGAAUAUUAUUUGUAACGAAACACUCAAGACAGCCUUUGCGAUGUGUCCUCGUUGUGAUAAAAAGUGUGAUUACUUUUAUUUAUACGAAACCUGUGGAUAUGCAAGGGCAGCCUACAUUUUUGACAAUGAAUUCACCGUUUUUUUUUCAAUAUUUAUGUCGUUUUGGUCGACAAUGUUUCUUGAGUUCUGGAAACGACGACAAAUAGAGAUUGCGUAUAACUGGGAUCUUCUUGGUUUUGAAGAUGAAGAGGAUCCUAUUCGACCCGAGUACGAAGUUGUUUGUUUGGAAAAACGAAAUAAUCCUAUUACAGAGGCUCAAGAAGCGUAUUAUCCUACUCGAAAUAAAGUUCCUCGCUUUGUUUGUAGUUUAGCAUCUGUACUUCUUAUGAUUUGCCUUGUGGUGGCGUGUGUAUUUGGUGUAAUUGUUUAUCGACUUGCUGUAUUUGCUGCCCUGACGGCUGCGGCAGAUGAUAGCAUCACAACAAUAAGCUUUUCUGUUACAGUAACUGGAGCUCUUCUAAAUUUAAUCAUUAUAUUACUGCUGAGUUAUGCUUACGAAAGACUUGCGUACUUUCUCACUGAGUUGGAAUUACCACGGACACAGUCAAGUUACGACGAUAGUUUUACAAUUAAAAUGUACAUGUUUCAGUUCGUCAACUAUUAUUCCUCUUUAUUUUACAUCGCUUUUGGUAAACUAAAUCCUGGUCGACCUGGAGAUUAUAACAGAAUCUUCGGCUUUCGUCAGGAAGAGUGUAACGCCGCUGGUUGUAUGAUCGAGUUGACCAUCCAGCUUGCAAUCAUUAUGAUUGGUAAACAGAUCUUCAAUACUGCUGUGGAGUUAUUCUUACCAAAAUUGAAGAAUUGGUGGAAAAGGCGUGGAAACAUCUUAGACAAGUUUAGGGGUAAAGACGUGGAAGACGACGAUAAAGGUCCAAUCUCUGAAGUACAAUGGAAGGCUGACUAUUAUUUAACUCCUAUACAGCGAAAUGCUUUGUUUUACGAAUAUCUUGAAAUGGUUAUCCAGUUUGGUUUCAUCACAAUUUUUGUGACAGCCUUUCCCCUUGGCCCGUUGUUUGCAUGGCUAAACAAUCUAUUUGAAAUACGUCUCGAUGCCUACAAGUUCAUUCGAGACUAUAGACGACCGAGAGCAGCCCGAGCCGAAGAUAUUGGUAUUUGGUAUUCAAUUCUCAAAGGAGUCGCUAUUUUUUCUGUUCUUAUAAAUGGUUUUGUUAUUGCAUUUGUAUCAGAGUUCAUCCCUCGGUUAUAUUUUCAAUGGAAUUCUAGCAAAGACGGCAGUUUAAGGGGAUAUCUUGAAACAAGUUUGUCCUGUUUUGAUACUCGCGAUUAUCCUAGUGACGAAAAACCAAAAAUGAACCUGACGGAUUCGUUUCAAAUAAAUGGAUGUGGUCUUGGUUUACCGAGUUGUAGAUAUCGUGGUUACAGAGUUAAACCUUUGUCAAUGGAUGAAAACCCAUAUGGAAAUUUAACCAAUAAUUACGAAUUUUCCAAAGACUAUUGGCAAAUACUGUCUGCACAGUUGUUCUUCGUUAUCGCCUUUUUCAUUUUUGUGUUUGGUCUAACGUUCAUAGUCGCUUACUGCAUUCCGGAUCGACCCAAAAGACUUGACAAUCAGAUAAAACGCGAAGCAUACCUUGCGAAAAACAUAUUGCGCGAUAGGACGAAUGACGUUGCUUGAAUUCAUUCGUGUCGUGCAUUUUGCAAAAAAAACAUAGCAUUAUUGAUAUGUUUCAAAGAUUUUAUACUAAGUACAAUACUAACAUUCAUUAGAUAUAGUCUUUCGUCACUGAGGAAAAUUAAUGUUUAAAAGCGUACUUUAGCCAAUUAACACGAAUAAUGCUCUAAUACUAUUUAUAUAUAUGUAUGUGUGUGAACAAAUUUUAUAUAAUACCAUUUAAGGUUUUAUCCCUACAUAUAUUUCUUGUGAAAUGUCUUAUUAUUAAACUCAGUACAUUGUUGUA